AUGGACGACUGGCCGCGCGGGCGGCAUCCAUUGGUUACCAGGGCCCUGCAGGAAGAGGCCAAGCUUUGGAUGAAAGAGGAAGGAAUGGAGCUGCCUGCAGUUGUGCCAGCUGCCGCAUCGCGGACGCGCAGUCCGCUCGUGGGCAACAUGCUCACGACGCGCAGCUUGCCGGUGGGGCUCCUUGACGAGGCGAGGAUCCUGCCCAGCCUGCUCACCAGGCUCUCAAGCAUCAAGGAGCCCGAGUUUUCCGGAGCCUACAAACCUCACAUGGCUCCAUCGUUGCCAAAACCGAGACCCGGAGAUGAUGACCCGAAAGCCAUCUACCAUCGCCGAGAUGCUGUCCUGCAGACAAUGGAGAAGGGAUCCUUGGAGCAAUCGCUGCCGGCCCUCCGCCCUGGUCUUUCUGAGCCUCCGGCGACGGAGGACUCCCUUGCUUGGCUGUGGGAGUGCCUCUGCUGCUGCACCGGCAGCAGCAGGCCAAAAGCUUGA